UAGGGGCGCGUGCGCAGAGCAGGCCACCUAAUGCUUCUUGCUGGAUCGCGGCUGAGGGAGCGAACGUCGCUCUAUAUGGGGGAGAGAAGAUGGCUCCCUUUCCGGAGGAGGUGGAUGUUUUCACCGCCCCGCACUGGCGGAUGAAGCAGCUCGUCGGACUCUACUGUGACAAGCUUUCUAAGACAAAUUUCUCUAACAACAAUGAUUUCCGAGCUCUCCUCCAAUCAUUAUAUGCUACAUUUAAAGAGUUUAAAAUGCACGAACAGAUUGAAAAUGAAUACAUUAUUGGUUUACUUCAGCAACGUAGCCAAACUGUAUAUAACGUACAUUCAGACAAUAAGUUAUCGGAGAUGCUUAGCCUCUUUGAAAAAGGCUUGAAAAAUGUAAAGAAUGAAUAUGAGCAGCUCAACUAUGCAAAACAACUAAAGGAACGAUUGGAAGCAUUUACCAGAGAUUUCCUUCCUCACAUGAAAGAGGAAGAGGAGGUUUUCCAGCCAAUGUUGAUGGAAUAUUUUACCUAUGAAGAACUGAAGGACAUAAAAAAGAAAGUAAUUGCACAACACUGCUCACAGAAGGAAACUGCAGCAGAAAUACGUAGAGGGAUCAGUCUGUGGAAUCAAGCAGAAGAACUCCAGAAAGCUUUUAAAUAUUCUGUGGAUGAAAAAGCAGAUCAUGAAACUGAAGAACCAGAACAAGCCACCAGCAUUGUUCAUCUGCCUUCUGAGGUGAUGCUCACUAUUUUUACCUAUCUUAGCCCUCAAGAAUUAUGCCGAUGUAGUCAAGUCAGCAGCAAAUGGUCACAGUUAGCAAAAACAGGAUUUCUCUGGAAACACCUUUAUCCUGUGCACUGGGCUAGAGGAAAUUGGUCCCGUGGCCCACCAGGUGAUCUUGAUACGGAGCCAGAUGAAGAAUGGGUGAAAAACAGGAAAGACGAAAGUCAGGCUUUUCAGGAAUGGGAUGAAGACGCUGAUAUAGAUGAAUCUGAAGAAAAUGGAGAAGAAUCCUCGGCUAUCAGCAUUGUACAGAAAGAGAAAGACUUACUUCAAGGCAUAAUCCAUAAUAUUCUGCCACGUGUAGGCUCAUCAGUGAAAACCAUUGUACUGGCAUACAGUUCAGCCUUAUCUAAUAAAAUGGUCAGACACAUCUUGGAACUUUGUCCUAACCUGGAAUACCUUGAUCUCACUCAGACUGAUAUUUCUGAUUCUGCAUUUGAAAGUUGGUCUUGGAUUGGUUGCUGCCAGAGUCUCCGUCAUCUUGAUCUCUCUGGUUGUGAAAGAAUAACAGAUAUGGCUGUAAGAAAAAUUUCUAAAGCUCUAGGGAUUUUGUCUUCCCACGAAAUACAAUCUCAGAAAAGUUUUCAAAACAGGAGAGGAAAAACUGUGUGGAAAAACGAAGAGAUUGCCUUGGAGUUCAGCAAAAAGGAUUGUGGCCUGCAUUAUAUAACAAACGAAAAUGUGAUCAAGGAAGAAGGAAGCCAUUGGAAUGUACCUGUCAGAUCAGAGGGUUUCAACUCUGCUUAUAUCUGGAUGUUAGAUGCCAAAUAUCUGGCCGAUAUUGAAGAUGCUGCAGAGUGGAAGCACAGAAAAUUUGAAGGAGAUCGUGUGAUAGAACCAGCCUCCCCUUUCCCUUGCUCUGCAUCCUGCUGCAAUAAAGGCAUUUUUGGACUAAGGACUAGCUUUUGUUGGCAGGAGCAGCAACCUUGUGCUUCUGUGGCCCUCACCUACUGUGGCCACUCUUUUUGUUGUGCCGGGUCAGCAUUAAAAACUUUCCAGGCACUCCCCCCAUCCCCUGAGCUGCUUAACCACACACCAAGGACUAAUAGGCAGAGGGAGGGGAAAGACUUGACACACCUCAUGAGUGCAAAAUCGGACCAAAAGGCAGCCCGAGUUCUUCAGUUCCUCAGUUUGUCAGGAUGUUAUCAGAUAACAGAUAAUGGUCUCAGGAUGUUGGCUCUUAGAGGUGGGCUACCUUAUCUAGAACACCUCAAUCUCUCUGGUUGUCUGACAGUAACCAGUGCAGGUCUGCAAGAUUUGGUCUCGGUGUGCCCGUCCCUAAAUCAUGAACACUUUUACUACUGUGACAACAUAAACGGUCCUCACGCUGGAACCGCCAGUGGAUGCCAGAACUUGCAGUGUGGUUUUCGAGCCUGCUGCCGCUCUGGUGAAUGAUCCAACUCCUUACCCUUUUUGUCUACUUCAUUUAGCUCCACAGGCUUCCUCUCAUGCACUUUACCGUUUGCAUCUUGUUCUUGACUGUUUUCUUUAGGAGUGUGAAUUGUUUUUGCUGCGUAAUUCAGAAACUUGUAAGCAACCUGUGUAGGGUUUUAUCAUUUUUCAGAGUGUUCUGUACUGAUUUGGAAGGUGAGAGUUAAAUUUUUUUGUGCUGUGAAAAGAAAUUAUUAAAUCACCUUCACCCUAAUGUUUGGCACUUAAAUUUGGGGUUUCCCCUCCUCUUUGUGCUAAGUCCAUAAAAAAGCUUAUAUGGAAAUUUUUCAGUGAAUGUAAAACACAUUUGGAUAACAAUAUAUAUUAACUAGUUAUUUUCCCCAUAACCUUAUGCCAGAGUUGUUCUUUAUGAAUUGGAGAUUCUUUCUGUCUUUUAGUACUGAUUUCACAUUUUAGGCUUGAGGAACAGUAAAUAAAACAUUCCCAUCAGCAUCAGAGUUUGUUAGUCUGAUAGCGCUACAGCAGGCCAGUGACUGCCGUUGUCACAUCAUCUUGUGGGCUUCUCAAAGCAUUUGCUUAACUGUAGAUGCAUAGCAACCAUAAUUCCCUACAUCUUCUAUGUAGACAUACUAAAGAUGUUGAAUUUUGAAAGGGAUUUUCUAAGAAGCAAUUUCUCUGUGAUCAAGAGCAACUAUAAUAAACUGCAGCUUUAAGAAACUUUCUUGUAUCCAUUUGCAUGCUGGGAAGAUACAAAAAGGUAGAAGAUGAUUUGUUAUUCGUGCUAGGUGGCAAUGUGUUUACAAGUAGACCUCACUGACUGCCUGGUACAGCAGAGUGCUGAAAAAAAUAACUGCAACCAUGGAAUAAGUUUACCACCCAUGCAGUCAUGUGACUACCAUUACAGUCAUAUGCAUUGUCCUAUGUCUGACCUCCCCCCCUGCAGAGUAGAGACUGAAGAGGAAGGAAGCAAGAGAGCAUAAGCAGGUACAUAUUAGGGAAUACACCCAGAUGUUUGUGGCUUCAAGCCCCAAGCAUGUUACCCAAAGGAACCAGCAGAACUGCAUUCCUUUUGAUGGAUAUUAUCCAUUGUUUGUCUGCUUACUCUCUUAUAAUCCCUUCCUUUGCAAUAAUUAAAUAAUGAAUUAAUUUUUAAAAAAAUUUCAUUCUUCCUAAUUUUCCCAGCACUGGGGUGAGCAUUUCAAAGGAUGGAGGUGUGACAAAGCAUAGUCACAAUCUUAUGGUUUCCCACUUCGUCAAUGCUUUGUUUAGCAACCAGGCUGCUGGUCCCAAUUGUUGUCACUAAAUGAGAACUACCUGUA